AUGUUUUCUGGUUCUCAGCCUCUAUAUAUAUUUUCUUUUGGAUUAGCCCACAACAGCACUACAAGAGAAAAGAUAAACAGAGUAAUAUUAGACACUAAAAUUACCCAAGAAUUCUGUGGCGGCGACAACAAGAUGUCUAAUAGUUCUGAUAAAGUGAACAGUCCCCGCAUCUUUGGGAAAGAAACGGAAAGUGAGGAGCGUACCAUUUCUAAAGGUGCUGGUGAUGAAAGCACUGAAUCCGAAGGUAUUGUGGAGGGUUUAAUAGAAGAGGGUAGGGUUGGGGGUAAUAGCUUCUGUGCCAAUUGGGUGGAUGUUCCAGUGGGGGUUUCACCACCGAAGAGAAACAAGAUGAUUUUUUAUGAGUUGGAAGAGUUUAGAGCAGAGUAUGGGGUGCCCUUUUCAGUGCGGCUAAAGCUGCCAGCUUCGACACAUGUAGUGAGGUGUCCACUUGAGGGUUGUGUUUUGAUUUUCUCGGAAAUUUACAAGUAUGUGUUCAAGUUGUCGUUGCAUCCAUGGGUUCAGAUGAUGUUGGCAAAGUUUGGUUAUGCACCAGGGCAAAAUAACCCCAACUUCUAG